UCAAAAGGCGCUCUGCUCAUCUUUGAUAAAAUUGGGAGCAGAACCGAAGUGCAAAGUAGAGAGAGAGAGAGAGAGAGAGAGAGAGAAAGAGAGAGAGAUGCCAGUUGAGUGUGGUAAUGGCGCUCAAUUACAGGCUCAAAAAGUAUCCUCUCGCCACCAAGUAGCAAGAAAGUUUUUGGGGGGAGAGAGAGACAGAGAUGACUUGAAUGCGAGGAAUCCACACGCAUGAUGCCCGUUGGAUGUUGAUGACGACAGAUUAAAAAAAGCGUCACAUGCUUCUUUUGGUCAAUUUGGCCGAUGCCAAACACGAAAGCGGUGAGGGAGAGCCCAUUGAUUGUGGGGGCCGAGGAGGCUCUUCAGAGAAUCCAUGACCAUUACCACCACUUGUCCACCACUGUGGAUGCGAAACAUAGGAAACCCGAGAAGUCAGUGAAGGACGAGAAAUCCUCGCCAUUUUUUCAUGGGGACUCCAACGGAGCAUCUGCUGAAGAAAAUCCAGGAACUUCAAGAGGGACAAGAGCAACUGAAGCAGGAGAUGUCCAAAUUGAUGAUCAGCAAGGAGGAGAACUCAGAGGGCCGCCUCCAGCAUACCCGCCACCCACCCCACCCCCAGUCUCACUAUCACCAGCACCGCCAAAGAUCUCAAUCCGUCUCGCCGCGGAGGUCGAGGUCCCCCGGCUUAAGCCACAAGACGGAUGACGGUUUCCGGCACGCCAAGGGCCAAGUUUCUUCGUCUCGACCUUCCCCGUUCCUGGGCUGGGCAGUCGAUGAUUCACCGUCUGGUUCUGGAACCGAAUACGCGAAUGUUGUUCAACAGUGCUUCAACAUUCUGCAUUCCAUGGGACAGGCCGUCCACGUGACGGAUCUUUCCGGGCACAUAAUCUACUGGAAUCAAACUGCAGAAAACCUCUAUGGUUAUUCCACAUCGGAGGUGCUUGGGAAGAAUGCCUUCAAGCUAAUUGUUGGCAUCUCUAACUUUGAUCUACCAAAUCACAUAAUUAACCAGAUAAAAAUGGGAAAUAGCUGGUCUGGUCAGUUAUUAGCAAGGAAGAAGUCAGGGGAACAGUUCUCAGCUAUUGCUUCAUAUACUCCAUUAUAUGAUGAUGACUGUAAAUUAAUGGGAAUUACUUGUGUCUCAAAUGAUGUACGUCCCUUCAAAGAAAAUAUAGUUGCAUCAAAUAGUUAUAGCCCUUCUGGAUCAGAUUCCAAACAAAGUCAAUCUAGAAGCAUCUUCACAAACAAGCCUAGAGUUGAUUCUCAACAACCAUUUCAAGCUGGGAUUGCCUCGAAGAUAUCAAAUUUGGCAACUAAGGUGACAAACAAAGUCCGUUCGCAUAUACGAACAAGCGAGAACACUGCUGAACACGGAACUGCGGUUGUGGAUGCCCAUCUAUGUGAGAAUGGAUGUUUGUAUGCAUCAUUUAUUGCUGACCAAAGAGAAGACACAUGUAGCAGAGCCACUACACCAACACGUGAUGUUCUGCAAUCACAGUUUAGCAUGCAUACACCUACAGGUCCAGGAGGAAGCUCUCCAGGAAAAGUCCAUAGAGAUGCUAGUGAGGAAGGGGAGGGAAAAAUUGGUAUUCAGAAAACCUUAACUUCAAAAGUAGAGGCAUGGAGUGGGAAGAAGGGAAUAUCAUGGCAUUUGAAAGGAAAUGGGCAUGAUGUAGCAGAGGCAAAAUCUCGAUCCUCUUUCCCUCAGCUUAUUGCUUCCCAGGAAAAUAAUGUGAAUCACCAGAAGGCAUGUGAAUGUUGUGUUUCUUCUGAGAGCCAUUUUGUUGAAAACAAUAGAAUGAGCAACAAUGAUGCUAUGGGAUCAUGGAGUAGCUUGAGCAGCAAUGGAAGUACUAGUAGCAAUGGUAUGCAUAGAGUGGACAUGGAAACUGAUUGCUUGGACUAUGAGAUUCUCUGGGAAGAUCUUGUCAUCGGAGAACAGAUUGGACAAGGUUCCUGUGGAAGUGUCUAUCAUGCGCUUUGGUAUGGCUCGGAUGUGGCAGUUAAAGUUUUUGCUAAACAGGAAUAUUCUGAGGAAAUCAUUGAGUCCUUCAGGCAAGAGGUCUCACUAAUGAAGAGGUUGCGGCAUCCAAAUGUCCUACUCUUUAUGGGGGCAGUCGCUUCCCCUGAGCGCCUUUGCAUCGUUACCGAGUUUUUGCCACGUGGCAGUUUGUUCCGUUUGCUCCAGAAAAUCAAUGUCAAGCUGGACUGGAGACGGCGUGUUCACAUGGCAAUCGAUAUUGCACGUGGUAUGAACUAUCUGCAUCAUUGCAAUCCGCCAAUUGUCCAUCGGGAUUUGAAGUCAUCAAACUUGUUAGUUGAUAGGAACUGGACUGUGAAGGUUGGUGAUUUUGGUUUAUCACGACUGAAACAUGAAACAUACUUGUCUACCAUGACUGGUAAAGGGACGCCACAAUGGAUGGCUCCUGAGACUCUUCGAAAUGAGCCCUCUGAUGAGAAGUCUGAUGUCUAUAGCUAUGGGGUAAUAUUGUGGGAGCUUGCUACAGAGAAGAUUCCUUGGGAGAACUUAAAUUCAAUACAGGUGAUAGGAGCUGUAGGAUUCAUGGAUCAGCGGCUAGAGCUUCCAAAUGAGUUGGAUCCACAAUGGGCUUCAAUAAUUGAGAACUGCUGGCAGAGCAAUCCACAGUGUAGGCCGACAUUUCAGGAACUAUUGGAGAGGCUUAAGGAGUUGCAGCGGCAGUAUGCUGCCCAUCCUUCUCAGGCAUGUUCUUUGCGUGGCUGAUGGUUAGCCAAAAAGAGGCAUGGAAUAGCAAAUUAUGGAACCCUUCUAUUUUGCUGAGCAUCUUGCCCUUGAGAAAUUUCGAAGCAACAAUCAUCAAAAUGAACUUACGGCCAGAUGGAGUAAUUUUUCUAUUAAGCUCAUGGCCGAGGAUGCUGACAUUACUUUCACUGUCACUGGUAAUUAGGCCAAAUGAGAACACUGAUGCACAAUAAGAGGAGGCCAACCGAGUGAAGAGUAUACCAGGACAUAGUUGAUAAUUUUUGUGUGCAUGGUAUGUGGGCAAUGACAAGUCAAUGUAUGUACCACAUAACCAAUAUUUAUGUUAAUCCUUGUAGCUGUUUUCCCUCUUCUGCCUGUUCAUGCAACUUUUGGUAGGUGGUUGUACAGCUGCUAAUUUCAUAUUUUUCGCUGUUAAUGAUAUCAAUGCUUGAGAAAAGGCAAUGCUAUCGUUCUCUGUUUGUUUUCUUA